AUGGGGAAACGAGCGCUGCCUCUCCGUGGGCUGGCCGUUGAGGCGGCGCUGGGGCGAGCGGAGCGCAGGGCGCAGGGCUGGACCCCGCGCCGAGCGAGCCGAGCCCGAGCGUCCUUUGUGCCGGGCGGCAGUCCCAGGGAUGCGUCCGAGCUAGGAGCCAGGUCCAGGAUGGGGGUCACUUCUGCCUGGGCCACAGGCCUCCUGAUGUUCCCAAUGCUGCUUCUUGUGGUUGCGGAACAGGGCACACAGGAUGCUGAGAAGGGGCUCCACAUGCAGAAGGUGGGUUCAGGGGCAGUGCGGGCUGCACUCGCUGAGCUGGUGUCCCUCCCUUGCCUCUUUACCCUGAAGCUGCGACCUGGUGUGGCCCGAGAUGCCCCUAGGAUCAAGUGGACCAAGGUGCGGACAGCGUCCGGCCAGCGACAAGACCUGCCCAUACUGGUGGCAAAAGACAAUGUGGUGCGGGUAGCCAAGGGCUGGCAGGGACGAGUGUCGCUGCCCUCGUAUCCCUCACACCGUACCAAUGGCACAUUGCUGCUCGGGCCCCUGAGGGCCAGCGACUCCGGACUCUACCGCUGCCAGGUGGUGCGAGGCAUUGAGGAUGAGCAGGACCUGGUGCCCCUGGAGGUGACAGGUGUUGUGUUCCACUACCGAGCAGCCCGGGACCGCUAUGCUCUGACGUUUGCUGAAGCCCAGGAGGCCUGCCGUCUCAGCUCAGCCACCAUUGCAGCACCACGGCACCUACAGGCAGCCUUUGAGGACGGCUUCGACAACUGUGAUGCUGGCUGGCUCUCUGACCGUACAGUAAGGUAUCCUAUCACACAGUCACGCCCUGGUUGCUAUGGUGACCGUAGCAGCCUUCCCGGAGUGAGAAGCUAUGGGCGGAGAGACCCACAAGAACUCUAUGAUGUCUACUGCUUUGCUCGAGAGUUGGGGGGCGAGGUCUUCUACGUGGGCCCAGCCCGCCGCCUGACGCUGGCCGGAGCGCGUGCCCAAUGCCGCCGCCAGGGCGCCACGCUAGCCUCGGUGGGGCAGCUGCACCUGGCCUGGCACGAGGGCCUGGACCAGUGUGACCCAGGUUGGCUAGCAGACGGCAGCGUGCGCUACCCGAUCCAGACGCCGCGCCGGCGCUGCGGGGGCCCGGCCCCCGGUGUGCGCACCGUCUACCGCUUCGCCAACCGCACCGGCUUCCCCGCUCCCGCCGCGCGCUUUGACGCUUACUGCUUCCGAGCGCACCACCCCACACCGCAACACGGAGACACAGAGACCCCCUCAUCUGGAGAUGAGGCGGAGAUUCUAUCAGCAGAAGGGCCUCCAGCCAGAGACCUGGAGCCCAGCCUGGGGGAGGAGAAGCCGGUCACCCCUGACUUCCAGGAGCCUCUGAUGUCUAGUGGAGAGGAAGAACCCUUGAUUUUAGCAGAGAUGCAGGAAUCUCUGGAGACCCCCUCCUCUGCCCCCAGGGACCCCACGCUGGCCUGGGCCUCUGUGCCUUCCCUAGUGGAUGAGGAGACAUGGAUGAGCACAGUGUCCCCCAGCCCCAGCAUGGAAGAGGACACUUCAGUGGGAACCCACUCUGAAGCUCCUCUGACUGGCUCCACACCUCGCAGGAAGGGACGCUUCAAAGGGCUGAAUGGGCGCCACUUCCAGCAGCAAGAGCUGGGACAAGAAGGGAACAGGGAGCAGGAAACCAGCGUCCAGACUCCCACUCUAGAGGCCACAGGAAACCAUGUGGAACUUCCUUUGACCACGGGAGUUGCCGAAGCCACAGCCAAACCAAGCCCCUGGGACAUCCUGACCAAUGAGGUGGAUAGACCUGAAACCUAUUCCCCUGGUGGCAGAAGUUCUCCAGAGCCCUGGAAGUGGUUUCCGACUGCAGCUCCUCCCAGCAGCUCAGUUCCUAGUAGGGCCCCUGGACUGAAGCUCCAGGAAACUGAAGGCCACAUUGUAAGGCCAGCCACCUCUGCUGGACCCUGGCCUCCCUCUGAGGCUCCUGCCCUGCCUCUCAGCCCCAGCACCCAACCCCGGGAAACCUCCCCCACAGCCACCUCCAUGGACCUCCCUGUCAUAGCCAUGCUACGUGCCCCCAAACCACAGCAUCUUACAGCCCCGACCCCUGUCUUCCCCGAGAGCCACGAGGCCCCAGCUGCUUUCACCCCUGCCCCUGCCUCAGAAGCUGAGGUUAGCUCCCAGAGCCUCAGUGAUCCCAAGGCAUCUUCCUGGACCACCUCCUCGGGCCCUCCAAGUCAGACUGGGGAGGCCACAUCCCCAGUUCUCAAUGACCUAAAAGCACACAACUCCACAGCCCCGUCAUCACUGGAAGCCAUGGACCCAGGAACCAAAGCCAUCCCUGACACUGCCAGUAUCAAUGCCAGGCAAGUUGAAGGGACAAGCCCUGCCUGGCCCAGCAAACCUGAGCACCCCAGCCCCAGCCCCAGCCCAUGGGCUUCAACAGAGGAGAAUGUAGUGGCUGUUGUCUCCCCCACGGAGUCCCCUGCUGAGCCCACAGGAGCUGGAGAUGACUGGAGGUCUGAGUCAGGGCUCAUUGACCUGCCGGCCACCGUGGAUGAGGUGGACAGCAGUGGACUUCACCUUCAUUCCCCGGCUAUACCUUCUGAGGCCACUGGAAUCUCCUUGGUGACAGGAGUGCCUCCAUUCAACCAAGCAAGAAACCUGACUUUGGCGCCUCAGGCAGCUAUGGAUGGGGGAGCCACAGAGGGCCCCAUAAACCCCACAGCGACGGGGGACCUCACAGGUACCAGUGGAACUUGGGGACCUGAAUCUCAUGUGACUGAGGGACCCGAGCGCUCUGCCUUAAGCCCACCAGCAACUAUGGAUUCGAGAGUAGUGACCUCACCUGCAUCCUUAGAUCUGGAGGACAAGCUUGGGGUCCUGGUCACGUCCACUCUGACCUCCCCCGGCUUCCAGCAUCACCCAGAGCUGGAGGGUCAGGCGGGGACACUGGUGGCCUCAGCUUCUGUGUGGGAGGACAGCAGCCCACAGAUACCAACUGUAGCCGGCACGGACGAGGCCGCCUCUGUUUCUUCAGGGGAGCCCACUGCCCCAUGGGAGCCCCCUGGCACCUUGCUCCCUACCUCCCUGGGGCCUGAGGAGUUGGAUCUGGAGGUCCUGGCAGGAGGCCCAGGUGUGGAGGGUUUCUGGGAAGAAGCAGCAAGUGGGGAGGAGCCAGCCCUUCCGGGGACCCCAACGAAAGGGAACAUGGAAGACGUCCCCUCUGAUCCCUGUGAGAAUAACCCAUGCCUGCAUGGAGGGACCUGUAAUGCCAACGGCACCAUGUACGGCUGUAUCUGUGAUCAGGGUUUUGCUGGGGAGAACUGUGAGAUUGAUAUCGAUGACUGCAUCUGCAGCCCCUGUGAGAACGGAGGCACCUGCAUUGACGAGGUCAACGGCUUUGUCUGCCUUUGCCUCCCCAGCUACGGGGGCAACCUCUGUGAGAAAGACACGGAAGGCUGUGAUCAUGGCUGGCAUAAGUUCCAAGGCCACUGCUACCGCUAUUUUGCCCAUCGGCGGGCAUGGGAGGAUGCCGAGAGGGACUGCCGACGCCGAGCUGGCCACCUGACCAGUAUCCACUCGCCAGAGGAGCACAACUUCAUUAACAGCUUUGGGCAUGAAAACACGUGGAUUGGCCUGAAUGACAGGAUCGUGGAGAGGGACUUCCAGUGGACGGACAACUCGGGGCUGCAAUAUGAGAACUGGAGGGAGAACCAGCCGGACAAUUUCUUCGCGGGCGGGGAAGACUGCGUAGUGAUGGUGGCUCAUGAGAGUGGGCGCUGGAAUGAUGUUCCCUGCAACUACAACCUCCCCUACGUCUGUAAGAAGGGCACAGUGCUGUGUGGGCCCCCUCCAGCCGUAGAGAAUGCCUCGCUCAUCGGUACGCACAAGGCUAAGUACAAUGUCCACGCCACCGUCCGCUACCAGUGUGAUGAAGGGUUUGCCCAGCAUCACGUGGCCACCAUUCGUUGCCGGGGCAACGGCAAAUGGGAUAGACCUCAGAUCGUCUGCACCAAACCCCGACGGUACCAUCGCAUGCGGCGACACCACCAUCACCAUCAACACCACCAUCAACACCAUCACCACAAACCACACAAGGAGCGCAGAAAACACAAGAUGCACCCUGCGGAGGACGGGGAGAAGGAAGAAGGGAAUUUCUGCUGA